AUGUCCAAAGUUGCUGCCGUACAUAUGAUGAAAUACAUUAUCCUGACUCUCACAUUUUCUGCGUUAGUUAUUCUGUGCGUUUCAACCGCUGCAAGUAAUUGGGUACAAUCUAAAGCCGAUUCUUUCAUAACACAAGGUCUCUGGAAGUUUUGCACCACGAAUAUCAAAUGCGAAAGAAUUGAUGAUCUCGUCAAAAUCGAUGGCUGGUAUAAAUGCAUUCGAACAUUGUGUAUUUUUGCUGUACUUUUAACCUUAUUUGGUCAUGUAUUGACCAUUUUUAGUAUUAAAAACGACUUCAAAGCGUCCUAUUCGUCAGUUCCACUCCUGCUGGCUGCUUUUCUUCAGUUUACUGCAGUGAUGAUUUUCACAGAUAUGAUACAUAUGGAAGGGAUUGAGUUCGGAUGGUGUUACAAGCUAGGUUGGGCUGGCCUCACUGUUGCAACACUUGCAGGAUCGUUCGGAAUACUUACCGACAAAUGUUGCAUGCCAAUUAUAGAGGAAUAA